UUGUUUGUUUGUUUACCUUUUACAGUUAAAAAGAAUGUUUAGAAAGGAAGCUGGAAUGACAGUUACCGAAAAUGCAGACACACUGAACAUCAAUUUACAGCCACUUGAGAAAAAGGACAGCAAAGGUGAAGAAGAAUCAGUGCAGGAACAGGACUGUUCUGGUAGUAAUUCCAUUCCAUGCUACCCCAACAAUGGUCCUGAUCACAAUUAUCUGGAGGAAGGGAAAGAGCCACCACCUGAUGCUCUUCGGGGACAAUGGGCCCAUUUGGGGGACGCGGAUUCAGAUGAGGAACCAGGGGAUGACACUGAUGAUACCAGCUCCGUUACUUCUUCUGCUAGCUCUACAGCCUCACAUCAAAGUGGCCCAACACGAAAAAAGAUCAUCCCUCUCUCUAUUCGUAACCUAAAGAGAAAGCACAAGAAGAAGAGGACUAAAUUUUCUCGCGAAUUUAAACCAGGAGACAGGGUGGCAGUUGAAGUUGUCUCCACUGUAACUUCUGCAGAUGUGAUGUGGAAGAAUGGUAAAAUAGAGACAGGGAUUCGCUCCAAUGACUUAAUCCCUAUCCAGCACCUUGACAACCAUGAGUUCUGCCCUGGAGAUUAUGUUGUAGACAAGCGGCCCCAGGUUCUUCAAGAUCCAGCCAUCUACGGGGUGAUUCAGUCAGGUGAUCAUAAAGCCAGAACCUGUGCCGUCAAGUGGGUUAAACUCAAUGCUGCAGGUGACAAUGUUGAGGUGAUUGGGGAGGAGGAUGAUGUUAGUGUUUAUGACAUUGCUGAUCAUCCAGAUUUCCAUUUUCGUACAACGGAUAUUAUCAUAAGGAUUGGCAACUCUGGCACAGAGGACUGUGGAACUGAGAGAUCUGUUGGCCAAGUCUGCAGGGUGGAUUUAAGCAGUAAAGUGGAAGUUGUUUGGGCUGAUAAUUCAAAGACAAUUGUCUUGCCACAGCACUUGUAUAAUGUUGAGUCUGAAAUUGAAGAAACAUAUUAUGACUCUGCGGAAGGAAGCAGUAGUGGUGCCUCAUCUGAAGAAUGGGAAGAUGAGAGUGAUAGUUGGGAAACAGAUAAUGGACAAGUGGAAGAAGAACCAGACGGUGAAGAAACCAUCUCCAUUUCCUCUUCCACCACAGCUACCACAUCUGAUGAAAAAACUAAUGGCAUACUUGCCUUCAAAACUACAGACUCAACAGGAACGUUUUCCUCAACUGAACUUGCGGGAGGUGGUGUUGCUACACCUGAGGAAAAGCCCAGUAAGGAAGCUCCACCAAGGGGAUUUCGUGAGCUUAAAGAAGCCCUAAAGAUUUUGGAAAGUUUAAAGAACAUGACUGUUGAGCAGCUCUGGACUGGAUCACCAACUUCUCCCACAGCAGAACCAUCAGCUGCAACUGCUGCCACAGCCCCUGCUGAUAUCAAACCCACAAAGGAAAAACGCUUUCUGGAUGACAUUAAGAAACUUCAAGAGAAUUUGAAAAAGACUCUAGACAAUGUUGCCAUUGUUGAAGAAGAUAAAAUGGAGGCUCCUGUAGAGGAGGAAAGGAUUAUCGCUCCAGUGUUAACUGAACCACAGACACCUGUGCGUUCUGAGUGGCCUAGUGACACUCCAGUUUUGUGUCAGCAGAGUGGAGGCAAACCAGGGGUCACCUUUACCAGUGCUAAAGGGGAAGUGUUUUCUGUUUUGGAAUGGGUACCAGAUACCCACUCAUUUAAAAAAAUGGAAUUUCAGCCAGCAGAGGCAAAGAAGUUCUUUAGCACUGUAAGGAAAGAAAUGGCCUUGCUGGCCACCUCUCUGCCUGAUGGUAUCAUGGUGAAAACCUUUGAGGACAGAAUGGACCUUUUUUCAGCUCUCAUUAAGGGCCCUCACCGCACUCCCUAUGAGGAUGGACUCUUUCUCUUUGAUAUCCAGCUUCCUAAUAUCUAUCCUGCUGUUCCUCCUCUUUUCCGAUAUCUGUCUCAGUGUAGCGGGCGGCUUAAUCCUAACCUUUAUGAUAAUGGAAAGGUUUGUGUCAGUCUUCUUGGCACCUGGAUUGGAAAGGGUACUGAAAGAUGGACAAGCAAAUCAAGUUUACUUCAAGUGCUUAUCUCUAUACAAGGUCUGAUUCUGGUCAAUGAGCCAUAUUACAAUGAGGCUGGCUUCGACAGUGACCGGGGACUUCAGGAAGGUUAUGAGAAUAGUCGCUGUUACAACGAGAUGGCACUCAUUAAGCUGGUGCAGUCAAUGACUCUGCUUCUUCAGCAGCCUGUAGAGGUCUUUCAGCAGGAAAUUUGUGAACACUUUGCCUGCAGUGGUUGGCGGCUGGUCCAUCGGCUUGAGUCCUGGCUAGAGUUAGAUGGGGCAAUCACAGAUCAUGCUCCACGAUGUGGUGUUGGUAGCCUAUAUGCAGAACCUCUAGAGGAGAUCCCCUCAGUUCUUUCCCACGGUAGUCCUAGCAAGCAGGACGUACGAGUUGAAGAAGAGUUUGAGGAUUCGGGACUCAGUCCCUCUACAAUGGCAACCAGUGGACCUACUGGUUUAACUGAAAAAGAUUUGAGCCAGAACUCUGAGUGUGAUAGUUCAUUGGUGGGUGGUGCAGGAUCAGACAUACCAGAAGUUCCUGAAGUAGUGUCAAAUUUUUUGGCAUCUCAAAAAAGUGUAAAAUCAUGUCAGGAGUCUCAACCAGCUGUGAGACCAAAGAAAAGGAGAAAGAGUUAUCGUAGUUUCCUUCCAGAGCGGAGUGGUUAUCCUGAUAUUGGAUUCCCCCUCUUUCCUCUUUCCAAAGGUUUUGUAAAGAGCAUGUGUGUAGUUCUGCAGCAUUAUCGAGCUACUCUCACAGCUGCUGGUGUUCCUGAACACCAAGAAAACAAAUAAUUUCCCUCCAGCAUUUUUUUUCUCCCUCUUUAAUCAAUCAAAUUGCAGCGCCUUCCCACUUUAACCCACUGUAGGAACAUUUAUCUCCUCAUCAGGCCCCCUAUGCUCCCAGCAACCUUUGUUAAUUUUUUGUACUGUAUCUUUAGUUGCUUCAGUUUUUGUUCUGUAAAUAGUCUUUAAUUUCAUCCAUCUUUACUGACAACAAUGCUGCCAUCGCACUGCUCUCUCAGGGAAGUACAGAUGAAAUGCACAGAAAUUAGUCAUUAGGAAAUGCUUAGGCUCUUGAUGUAUUAAAGAUUCUUUGGUAGGAACUCUGCCAGAAGGAACUGAUUUAUUGUGCCAUUGGAUAUUUCAGUCUUAGGUAUUGUUCUUUGAUACUUUGGGGUGGACAGAAUUUUUUUCUUCUUGUUUUUGGGAGCCCCCAUUGACUCCCACCUUAUACUGGUUUGCAAAAGUUAAAGUUUGCUUGCAGAAAAAAAUUGUAUGUAAUUGUCAUUGUUUCCAUAAAGUUUCUCAUCAGAUGUGUGAUUGUGGUACUUGGAUUAUCAAAUAUCUGUAUUUGCAUGACUUGCUCUUUGGUCCAUAUCCAUAGGCAUUUCUGAUUUAUAGAUUGUAUUGCUUUUCAACUUGAUCUUUUAUCCCAAUCCUUUAAAAUGUGACUUACGAAAACUAAAAAUCUGUCCAUAAAAAAAGUUGUCCAAACUGCCUAGUCAUCAGUAUUAACAAACCUUAAUUAUUCCAGCUGUUGAUUUACAAUGAAAUUAUAUAAAAGUGACAAAUGUUUAUAUUUAAAAACAAAAAGAAACCCAGUUGUGCUUAUCAGUUUUGCCAUUUAAAAUUGGAUUUAACAUCCUCAUUCUCAUAGGCAAUGGCACAGUGGGUAGCGCUGUCGCCUCACAGCAAGAAGGUCGCUGGUUCGAGCUUCAGCUGGGUCAGUUGGCAUUUCUGUGUGGAGUUUGCAUGUUCUCCCCGUGUUCGCGUGAGUUUCCUCCGGGUGCUCCGAUUUCCCCUACAGUCCAAAGACAUGUGGUAUAGGUGAAUUGAAUAAACUACAUUUUUAGUGCGUGUGUGAAUGUGUAUAUGGGUGUUUCCCAGUUAUGGGUUGCAGCUGGAAGGGCAUCUGCUGCGUAAAACAUGCUUGAUAAGUGGUACAUUCCACUGUGGCAACCCCAGAUUAAUAAAGGGACUAAGCCGAAAAGAAAGUGAAUGAAUGAAUCCUCGUUCUUUCUUCUGUAAUGUGACCUGAUUCUGUUGUAGGCAAUGUCCAUGCAUCACAUUAUUUCACCCUGUCCCCCAUCUUUAGUGAUUCUAGUUGGUCACAGACUGGACAAGAAGCACUGUGCCGUGCUUUGCCUCAUCUAUAUGUAAUCUGUCCAAUGAAGUGAUUUUAUUUUCAGAGAAAAAAAAAAGUCAGCGUAAUUUGAAUACAGAACUGAUUCUAAACUUUUAAGAAUCAAUUCAGAUUCAUUACAUAAUUGUUGUUACAUUACAGAACUGUGAUGCAUCGUUUUAAAAAGUACCCCUAACAUACACAAUAAAUCCAGUUUACAUAUUUAUAUAUAAAAGUUGGAUAAUUGGCAGGUUAAUGAGGUUGAUCACAUUGCAUAAUUUUAGUGCUGAUUGUCUCUCACUGACAGGUUUUGGGAAAUCUCUGGCAAAUGCAUAAUAAGGAAGACGAAUCUGUGCUCGUUCAUGCAGUAACUGUUAAACCAGUGAUUUUUGCAGUGUGAAAACAGCUGUCAUCCCACAAUUUUUAACAUUGCAGUUUGAAAUCUGCAUUACUCUUCUAUUCUAUGAAACUACACAGAUGUUUGUUUGAAUGUUCCUUCAGACAUUUAGAUAGCUAACAAAUCACUUUUAUGUAAAGUCUAUCUAAAAAUAUUUAGAUAGACUUCAUACAUAUUAGGGUGUUCUUGCUUAAUGAUUUCUGGUUUGGAUAUAGUUUAAUUGUUCCCAUCCAUUCAUUUGUUCAGCAUUGUUGCCUUUAUUUUAAAAUUCUAAAUAGGAUUUCAGGCAUGAUCCAAAUUACCUUUUUUACAGCAUUAUAUUUAAAAAAAAAUGUAUGUGGCCAAAUCAGUCAAAAAAGUCAAAUUGUUUCAGCAAGUAUUGAUAGUGAAAUAGUUCCACCCACUGCCCAACACCACACCCCUAAUCAUGUACAUCUUCAAGAGGUUUAGAUGCUGUGAGUACUUUUAUAAUUAAUAACAGAUCUUCCCUUUUUUGCAUCAACAUCAUGUUGGCUGUGUUAAAUCACAGCCUGCAGACACUGUGUGAUUUGUUUUUUUGGGGGUUUUUUUGCAAUACACAAGAAUCAUCAUCAGACUGUUUUUAUGUACCAAAAAGAAAUAUAAUUCUUGAUUUCAAUUACUUUGAGUUUGUAGAUUGUCUUUUUCUUUUCUAGUUUUACUUUUACUGCAUUUCAUUAUUGAAAUGUGAAGCAAAGUGUCAAGGGAGUCAGACAUAAAGAGACUAAGAACUAUUUUCUUAAUGUGUGUACAAUACUCUGAAUUUAUUCAAACUAUUAUGAGGAGAGUUAACAGCCAAAGCAUGUAAUGUUGCUUUUUAAGCCUUAAUGGUUACAUGAUUAUUGACUGUACGAUGUAAAAAAAAAAAUUCCACAGUGGCCUGUAUUGGUUAAUAAUAAAUGUGAUUUGUAACCUUAA